GUUUGCUUCCACGCUUAUGAUUCUGCUGCUGCCCCACGUCACUCCCCCUCGAUCUUCUUUCAUCCCGGUUUCUAAUUCUAACUCUCUCUGCUCCAUCUUCUCCUUGACUUCUCUACAUUCUUCUUUUUGAUCAACUAUCCUUCUCUACUACCUCUUUCUCCAUCUAAUAUCUAUUCACCGUCAUCAUGGUUGGAAUCGGUCCUAAGCGUCCCCCCUCCCGCAAGGGUUCCAUGGCCGAUGUUCCCCAGAACCUCUUGCAGCAGAUCAAGGACUUCGAGGACCAAUUCACCGUCGACCGCUCCAAGCUCAAGCAGAUUGUCAACCACUUUGUCAAGGAAUUGGAAAAGGGUCUCUCUGUCGAGGGUGGAAACAUCCCUAUGAACGUCACCUGGGUUCUGGGAUUCCCCGAUGGCGACGAACAGGGUACUUUCCUCGCCCUCGACAUGGGUGGCACCAACCUGCGUGUUUGUGAGAUCACCCUGACCCAGGAGAAGGGUGCCUUCGACAUCACCCAGUCCAAGUACCGCAUGCCCGAGGAAUUGAAGACCGGUACCGCCGAGGAGCUGUGGGAAUACAUCGCCGACUGCCUGCAGCAAUUCAUCGAGUCCCACCACGAGAACGAGAAGAUCUCCAAGCUGCCCCUGGGUUUCACCUUCUCCUACCCCGCCACCCAGGACUACAUCGACCACGGUGUCCUGCAGCGCUGGACCAAGGGUUUCGACAUUGAUGGUGUCGAGGGCCACGACGUCGUCCCGCCGUUGGAGGCCAUCCUGCAGAAGCGCGGCCUGCCCAUCAAGGUGGCUGCACUGAUCAACGACACCACCGGAACCCUCAUCGCCUCUUCUUACACCGACUCCGACAUGAAGAUCGGCUGCAUCUUCGGUACCGGUGUCAACGCCGCCUACAUGGAGAACGCCGGCUCCAUCCCCAAGCUGGCUCACAUGAACCUGCCCGCCGAUAUGCCCGUGGCCAUCAACUGCGAGUACGGUGCUUUCGACAACGAGCACAUCGUGCUGCCUCUGACCAAGUACGACCACAUCAUCGACCGCGACUCCCCCCGUCCCGGUCAGCAGGCCUUCGAGAAGAUGACCGCUGGUCUGUACCUGGGUGAGAUCUUCCGUCUGGCCCUGAUGGACCUGGUGGAGAACCGCCCCGGCCUCAUCUUCAACGGCCAGGACACCACCAAGCUGCGCAAGCCCUACAUCCUGGAUGCCUCCUUCCUGGCAGCCAUCGAGGAGGACCCCUACGAGAACCUGGAGGAGACCGAGGAGCUCAUGGAGCGCGAGCUCAACAUCAAGGCCACCCCGGCGGAGCUGGAGAUGAUCCGCCGCCUGGCCGAGCUGAUCGGUACGCGUGCCGCUCGCCUGUCGGCCUGCGGUGUUGCCGCCAUUUGCACGAAGAAGAAGAUCGACUCGUGCCACGUUGGUGCCGACGGCUCCGUCUUCACCAAGUACCCUCACUUCAAGGCGCGCGGAGCCAAGGCUCUGCGCGAGAUCCUGGACUGGGCUCCGGAGGAGCAGGACAAGGUGACCAUCAUGGCGGCCGAGGAUGGAUCUGGUGUGGGAGCUGCGCUGAUUGCGGCGCUGACCCUGAAGCGGGUCAAGGCCGGCAACCUGGCCGGUAUCCGAAACAUGGCUGACAUGAAGACCCUGCUAUAAUGACCUGGCGCACAUAAAUAUGAAUUCUUUGGUGUGAUAUUUUAUUCUCUGGUGUUGAGACGGCGGUGGACGGAAUGAAAAUAAUCGAUUACAGUUGUUAUGAAGAAUUGGCCCGGCCUGGUCUGGUCUGGAGCAAUCCUUGUACUGAUUAAAAAGUAAGCCGUAAGCCAGUGAAUGUGUAACUCUCUUGUUCCUAUC